AUGACUUCUAUUAUUGAAGUUUCUGUUAAGGAUAUAAGAUUCCCUACAUCCUUGCAAGCUGAUGGAAGUGAUGCUAUGCACCCAGAUCCAGAUUAUUCUUGCGCUUAUGUAAUAAUUAAAUUAGAAAAUGGAACUGAAGGAUAUGGGUUGACAUUUACUUUGGGUAGAGGAACUCAAAUUGUUGUAUCAGCAUGCGAAGCUAUUUUAAAAAUGGUAAUAUAUAAAGAUUGCAAUGAAAUUUUUAGUAAUUUUGGUAAAUUUUGGAGAUAUCUAACCAGUGAAUCACAAUUACGUUGGUUAGGGCCUGAAAAAGGUGUAAUACACCUUGCAACAGCAUCAGUAAUAAACGCUCUUUGGGACUUAUGGUCGCGAAUUGAAAAAGUACCUCUCUGGAAAUUAUUAACAAAUUUAACUCCUGAGCAAUUAGUAUCAACAAUUGAUUUUCGAUAUAUUACAGAUGUAAUUACUCCAGAAGAAGCGAUCGCAAUCCUAAAAAGCCGACAAAAUGGCAGAAAAGACCGUGAAGAAAAGCUCCUAAGCCGCGGACUCCCCGCUUACACAACCCAAGUGGGCUGGCUGGGAUACUCCGACGAGAAAGUGCGUUCCUUGUGUAAAAAAUACCUCAAGGACGGCUACACCAGCUUCAAAGCUAAAGUAGGCCGUGAUCUAGAGGACGAUGUCCGAAGAUGCGGACUCAUUCGCGAAGAAAUCGGGCCUGAUAACAAACUUAUGGUCGACGCGAACCAGAUCUGGGGGGUUCAAGAAGCCGUCGAGUGGAUGAACCACCUGCAGAAGUUUAACAUUCACUGGAUUGAGGAGCCAACUUCCCCUGAUGAUAUUCUGGGGCACAGAGAGAUUAAGGAGAAGCUAAGACCUCUGGGAAUUGGAGUCGCGACUGGGGAAGCUUGCGCGAAUCGAGUGAUGUUCAAGCAGUUUCUUCAAUCAGGGGCGGUUGAUUUUUGUCAAAUUGACUCCGCGAGGAUUGGCGGAGUCAAUGAAAUUCUUGCUGUUUAUUUGAUGGCUUGGAAAUUUAAAGUUCCAGUAUGUCCGCAUGCAGGAGGAGUAGGACUCUGCGAAAUGGUCCAGCAUCUUCAGAUGUGGGACUACGUAUCUUUAAGCGGUACUACCGAAAAUCGCGUUAUUGAAUACGUCGACCAGCAACACGAGCACUUUGUAACACCCUCGAUAGUAAAAAACGCGCAUUACAUGCCGCCUAAAUCUCCUGGGUAUUCAACUCAGUUCAAGGAUCAAGCGAUUUUGGACUACGAGUACCCUCACGGCAAAGAAUGGCAGAGAAUGUUUGAACAAGGAGUUUACAAAUUUAAUUAA